CCAUUGCAGGAUGGACUCUUUACCGACUGAGCCGCCAGGGAAGCUAUUAUUUCAUUUGCUCAAUGAAAGAAUGACUCCAAAGAAGAGAAUCCAGCGACGUCGGUCUGGCAGCAGGAGGGCGAGUCUCGAGCCCGCGAGGCAUUCUGGGGAUUGUAGUUCCGAGCUCGCCGCUGGGGACGCCAGCUCUGCGCUCUGCCGCGCUCUCGAUGCUCCGGAAGGACCGAGCGGCCCCGCGGUUGCCUUGGCGUCCUAAUCCGGCAGCGAGAGGAAGGCCGCCCGGCUAGGCGCCCGCUAGUUUCGGCGGCGACGUGCAGCGGGACAGCGGAAGGAACUCGCGCGGCGGGCCUGGGGAGCCAGGGGCGGAGCGCGAGCGAGCCUGGAACCACGGAGGCGGCGGGAGCGGGGCCAGCGUCUUCCUCCCGGUUGCUGAGCUUAGCUCCUCUUCCCAAGCCCACUCCCACGCUCUAGCAAGCGUGGAAGAAUGGAGGUGAGCCACUCGGUGAAGGAGCGGACCAUCUCUGAGAACAGCCUGAUCAUCCUGCUGCAGGGCCUCCAGGGCCAGGUCACCACCGUGGACCUGCGGGAUGAGAGCGUGGCCCACGGACGCAUAGACAACGUCGAUGCUUUCAUGAACAUCCGCCUGGCCCAGGUCACCUACACAGACCGUUGGGGGCAUCAGGUGGAGCUGGACGACCUCUUCGUGACAGGCCGGAACGUCCGUUACGUCCACAUCCCCGACAACGUGAACAUCACCGCAACCAUUGAGCAGCAGCUGCAGGUCAUCCAUCGGGUGCGUUACUUUGGCAGCAAGGGGCAAGGCCGGCAGGAAUUUCCCUCCAAAAACUCUUAAGUAAGCCUGUCCCGGUCCCCACUCAGGUUCCUGCAGACUUCUUCUGAGCCAAAGCCUGCUCUCCCUGCCCACCCAGAACCUGGGAGGGGAGCAGGACCAGCCCAGAAGCUGGUGUCUGACGUCACCUGUCACAGUUGCCUUUCUCAGGGUCUCACCUCUCAGACUCACCCUGGGACCCAGAAUUUUAGUUAUCUGACUGUGGCCUUGGGGUAGAUGACAACCCCCGCUUUGGAUCAUAAUUUAUCUGAAUCUCUAAUUUACCGAUUGAGGGAUUGUGUCAGUUUUCAACCCUCUUGCAUUGAGGAUUAUUAAACACGCUGGGCCUGACGGGCCCCAUUUCUCUUGUAA